UCUCCCCCUUUCCCCCCUCUCUCUCUCUUGAAGAUGUUUUGACAUUCCUUUCUAAAUUGCUCGAGUUCUCACGGUGACAUUUUGGCGCAGGCAGCCUGGCCGGACACACAUGACCGCCGUGAAGUUUAUCUUAUUGCGUUUAUUUAUUUUUUUAUUUUUAUUUUUGUUUUUUUAAAGUUCACUUUUCUAACUUGUUUUGCUCGUGCGGACACGUGUUGCGUUGGAGAGAAACAUAACAUUAUGUCCAAAAAUGUGGCUGAAACCCACGGAGUUGUCGCGGGUUUAAAUGCUUCUUCUGUGAGAUUCUGGUCAGUUUUCUGCAUGCAGGGAAUGACGACUCCUUUUAAGCCAAACAAAGCUUUAAAGGUCAAGAAGGAGACGGGCGAGAAUGCCCCGGCGCUCAGUGACGACGAGUUGGUGGCCAUGUCCGUCCGCGAGCUCAACCAGCACCUGCGCGGCCUGACCAAGGAAGAUGUCGUCCGGCUGAAGCAGCGYCGGCGCACCCUCAAAAACCGAGGCUACGCCGCCAGCUGCCGCAUCAAACGCGUCACCCAGAAGGAGGAGCUGGAAAGGCAGAAGAUGGAGCUGCAGCAGGAGGUGGAGAAGCUGGCCCGGGAGAACGCCAGCAUGAGGCUGGAGCUGGACGCCCUGCGGGCCAAGUACGAAGCCCUGCAGUGCUUCGCCAGAACUGUGACCCGGGGGCCCAUGUCACCGGGGAAGGUGGCCGCCACCACCAGCGUCAUCACCAUCGUCAAGUCCGCUAACCACAACAACGCCAGCCCCACCUCGUUCURCGCUCCCUCCUAGUGCCUGACAGGACUGGGCUCCUCUGUCUCUCGCCUGGUCCUCCUUGGUUCUGACCCACUCACCCUGUACUGAGAGGACGCUCAGUAGUUCGUUAGACUGAYGGAUGAGGUGGGACGCUCUAUGUGAUGUUAUGCUGCGUUCACGGCCCUUCUGUCUCUAACACAAUCUACACUGUCUGCACACUGUUCACACACACCCCUACCCRGAUGACCCCCCAGCACUGGCAGGGUCCGGGCCUCUCUCACCCAUGACCGARGGCAGAAAUUUGCUUCAACUCCACUGUGAUGUCAUUUAAGAUGCGACUGCUCUGUUGCUGUAGGACAUCAAAUCUGAGCGAUGGUAACGACCGUCAGCUGUUGAGUUGUAAUAAAAUCAGAUUUUUUUAAAUUCACACAAAAUAGUGCAGAUUUGAAGCUAUUGCUUUAAGUGACUCAAACCUGACUCACAGUUUAGCACACUGAGGCGUUACGGCUGCUAGAUUUAAUGUCAGGCUGCUUCUUCGUGGCCACAGUUCAUSUGACUUUGAAGGUGGGUUAAUUUAGGUUUUGUAGCGAUAACCUCGUAGUUUGUUUUGAAUUCCACCGUUAGAAAAGAAAAUUGGAUGCAGACCUUUCCCGGACUGUGCUGACUUGCACUUAAGGUAAAAUUGCCUUGUUUUCAGCUGACACAAAGAUCAGGACGAGUCUCCUCAGCUACAGGUCGUCUGCAUCGGGUGUARUUUUAGAUUCAUUUUGCCGACGCAUCACGAGGACAGUUUUAGCGGAAACUCUGUGAAACUGUUCAGUGUGGCAGAAACGUGACAAAGAAAAGCUGUUUGGGGAGGUGUUAAAUGUGAUUCUGUUGGCGUGUCGACUCAAAGUCCCGAGUUUCUUUGUUUUAUCUAAAGAUGAAACUGGUUUUAUGUGUUUUUAAAACUCAACUUGGGAUGAGUAAAAUGGGAUUAAGGAACAGAUUGAACAAGAUUAGUUUGACUUUAUAGAGGAUUUAUAGCACUUAAAACUGUAAGGAUACAGUAUAAAGGAAAAUAAUUCCCUCAGCAACUUAUUUGUAGAAAUUGGCAAAGGUGAUGGAAGCUGUUCUUGUAUGUUUGAAGCUGUUGGGAGUUCUAUUAGCAUUGGGAUUAAAAUGUGGUGCYACUUUGCAAUGCAACUGAGGACGUUAUGAACCGUUUAAUGCUGCAGCACCUAACGUUUGGUGGGUAAUCCAUAUUGGAUAUUGUAAUAAUAAGAGCAGUCUUUUAAACAAAUAGUCCAUCCACUUCCUGUAUAUUACAGAUUCUGUUGAUAAACUCCGUCCUUUAAAGAAAUCAUUCCUCCUGCCGGGUCACGAGAUGUGCCGCCGCCGCCGCUGGUGUUUCACAAACUGCCUUGCUUUUGACUCACUCUUCUACAAGAAAACUCCUGACAUCAAUUUCUUUAAAAUGAAAAUUUAAAAAAGCGAUGUCAUGAGAACUAAAUGCAGUAAAUGUUUUGCUCUUGUUAAACUUUUUUWUUUUUUAGUAUUUAAAUUUGAAAUGAACUUGAAGCUCUUCUUACAGAGGAUCCAUUCCUAAAGAUUGUUCAUGUCAGGGUUUUCUCUUGGCUAAAGAGAACAUGACUGUUCUUCUCGUUCCACAGCUGCAAAAAAAAAAAAAAAAAAAAAAAAAAAAAAAAAAAAAAAAAAAAAAAAAACUUACAAAAAUGUCAGUUUGGGGAACUUUGCUGCUGUACAACCUGCUGUGAUGUUUGAAAGCAGGUGCAUUGCUGUGUUCUUACUCUCAUUUUGUAUUUUCACCUGAUUUCUGUCGAUGCGUCCCUCGUUCCUUUUCAAAUAUUCGUUUUAUACAGUCUGCAUAUACAGCAUAUAAAUGUUGCAUAUUUUUAUAUCUUGUACUAUCUGGUGUGAUUAUAUAAUCAGUCUUUGAAGUCUAAAUGUUACAAGUGACAAAUGUUGGAUUCACAGUUUCAAUUAGACAACUUAUGUCAUAACCUUUUUUUUUGUAUUUAUAUACAAUAAAUCUUUAGAUAAAGUAGACAAACGGUGACUGGGGUUACAUGCAGGCUGCAGACAAUUAUCUCUAUCAUUGUAAACAUAAUAAUAUAAGAAAACAGACUAGAAUGGGAUCAGUGAAGUCCAACGUUGACCAAAUGUUCAGUCUCUUUAUUCUAACGAGUCACUGCAWACCCUAAAGUUUACCUGAAACAUUUCAAGGUUCAAGCAAAGAUGACUGUAAUACUUUAACUGUUACCUGAAAAUGAUUUCACUCAUUCGAGUUGAAGUCAGACCAGAACGUCUUGUUUACAUAAUUUAACCUUUAAACCUUCAGGGAAUGGGUAAUGUGGCUAAAAGCAGUUUCUGCAACAGCACUACAGUGACCUCUUCUGGUUAAAAAUAAUAAAAUAAAUUAAGCACAUUAGAUUCAAGACUGAGGUGAUUGAUUUCUAUAAGCACACCUAAAUAAUUGUUUAAUAAAAUGUAAGAUUAAAUAUUUCUGUAUUGUGCCAAAUACAUGACAAACCUUUUUCUCUGGGUGAAAAAAAGACUUAUUUAGUGUGACCAAGCAGAGGCCUAUUUAUACUUUCCUUUUAGGCAAAUCAGCUACAAAUAAAAUAAUUUGAAGACGUUUUAUACAAAGAUGUAGACAAGUUUAUUGAAGGUUUACUGAAUCUGGUCCAGACACUUCCUUUUCUUCCUACAGUCCUUUUAUCGUUUUUAAAUAACCAGUACAUGUGAUGGACUUGUAUAAGAUUAGGUUGAUUCAAUUAGUCUAAAAAUGUAAAUAUGUGAAAAUUUAUUUCUAUCUAGAUUUUUUUUUUUUUACUGAAAAUGUUUUUGAAUACAUAAGCUUACACAGUCCUACAAGCUACUGUGCUCCACUUCAGCUGUUAUUGUAUGAGGGAUGGAGAGUUAAAUUAAAGAUUGAUUGCUGCAUGGAGUCUAUGUGUAAAAGAGAGAAUUUAUUUUCCCAGUUUUAUUGUAACUUGAGGCCUAAAAGGACAGUAAAACAAACRGAGUAUGUGCUUUUUAAACACGUCAUUACUCUGCUCAUAUACAGUUUAUAUUUAUUGUUUUAUGGAUUUGUGUAAGAUUAAAAAAACACCUAAAUUAUUUUUAUUUUACAUUCUUUUAUUUACAUGUUUUUCCUCAAUGAACUACCUUCAUGUACAAAUAAAAUCUGUAUUUUUCUGCUCUGA